CGGCUGUACGCUGUGAAGGUUGUCAAAAAAGCAGACAUGAUCAAUAAAAAUAUGACUCAUCAGGUCCAAGCAGAGAGAGAUGCACUGGCUCUAAGCAAAAGUCCUUUCAUUGUCCAUUUAUACUAUUCACUGCAGUCAGCAAGUAAUGUCUACUUGGUGAUGGAGUAUCUUAUUGGUGGGGAUGUCAAGUCUCUUCUGCAUAUAUAUGGCUAUUUUGAUGAAGAGAUGGCUGUGAAAUAUAUUUCUGAAGUAGCACUGGCUCUGGAUUACCUUCACAGACACGGAAUCAUCCAUAGGGAUUUGAAACCAGACAAUAUGCUGAUUUCUAAUGAGGGUCAUAUUAAACUGACAGAUUUUGGCCUUUCCAAAGUGACUUUGAAUAGAGAUAUCAAUAUGAUGGAUAUCCUUACAACACCAUCUAUGGCCAAACCCAAGCAAGAUUAUUCAAGAACCCCAGGACAAGUAUUGUCACUCAUCAGUUCUCUGGGAUUCUUCACACCAGUUGCAGAAAAAAGUCAAGACUCUGCAGACAUCAUUUCAACCCAUCAUUCAGAAACAUCACAGCUUUCUCAAGGAUUCAUUUGUCCCAUGUCUGUAGAUCAAAAGGAGACCACGCCUUACUCUAGCAAACUAUACUCAUGUCUUGAAGCGCUUGCUUCCCACCCGGAAGUACCUGUGAGGUGUCUGACUCCUGGUCUGCUCCAGUCCAGGAGAAGGCUGGCCACAUCCAGCGCCAGCAGCCACUCCCACACCUUCGUGUCCAGCGUGGGGUCGGAAUGCCACAGCAGCCCCAAGUGGGAGCGGGACUGCCAGGAAAGUGAUGAAGCAUCAGGCUCUACAAUGAUGAGUUGGAAUGCAAUGGAAAAGGUGUGUACAAAAUCUGCAGACGACCCUGAGACCAAAGGUUUCCAUAAAAAGGAUCUUGAGCUGGCCCUUUCUCCGAUUCAUAACAGCAAUGCCAUUCCUACCACUGGUGGAUCAUGUGUAAACCUUGCGAAAAAAUGCUUUUCUGGAGAAGUUUCUUGGGAAGCAGGAGAACUCAAUGUAAACAAUGUGAGCACGGCCCCUGACACAGGACAGCCUGGUUGCCAGCAGUCAGAGCAAUGGGCUCUGAAUUCUAGUAGUAUGCCAGAGGAGCCCCUUGGGAAAAGAAGCUUAAAAAGAAAUUUUGAAUUGGUUGACUCUAGUCCCUGUCAGGAAAGUACACAAAAUAAAAAAAAUUGUGUGGAGAAUAAGCAUAAUAAAGAAAUGCGAGAUUGUCAUACAAAUCACAGCACAGGCUUAACAGGUGAAAUCCGGGAUCUCAAGUUGUCAGUACACAGAUGUCAGCAAAAUGACUGUGCUGAGAAGGAGAACAUCGUCCAUCACUUUACUGAUAAACACGCACCAGAAAAUGUCUCCGUACCAAUGAUAGCGAAAAACCUUAUGUGUGAACUAGAGGAAGAUUGUGAGAAGACUGAUAGGAAGGAGUACUUAAGUUCUAAUUUUUUAUGUUGUGAUGAUGAUAGUGGUCCCAGAAGUAUUUGCAUGGACUCCGAUUCGUCUUUUCCUGGAGUUUCCAUAAUGGAAAGUUCAUUAGAAAGGCAGUCCCUAGAUCCAGAUAAAAGUAUCAAAGAAUCCUCUUUUGAAGAAUCAAAUACUGAAGAUCAACUUACUGUAUCACCAAACUGCCAAGAGAAUACCUUGCCGAAAGAUGAUGAGAACUCUGCUGUCCAAAAAAUGUUAGCUCCUUCUUCGGAGGCCUUGAAAACGUUAAUGCUCUCUAAAAGAAAUGCUGUAGCUUUUCGAAGUUUUAACAGUCAUAUUAAUGCAUCCAGUAACUCAGAACCAUCCAAAAUGAGCAUUACUUGUUUAGAUACGAUGGACGUUUCAUGUGCAUAUAGUGGCUCAUAUCCCAUGGCUGUCACCCCUACUCAGAAAGGGAGAUCCUCUCUGCCAUAUCAGCAGACCCCAAAUCAGAUCAAGUCUGGAACCUCCUACCGAACUCCAAAGAGUGUGCGAAGAGGGGCAGCCCCAGUGGACGACGGGCGAAUUCUAGGAACCCCAGACUACCUAGCUCCUGAGCUCUUGCUGGGCACAGCCCAUGGAUUUCUGACUUCGGGACCUGCAGUAGACUGGUGGGCACUUGGAGUUUGCUUGUUUGAAUUUCUAACCGGAAUUCCCCCUUUCAAUGAUGAAACGCCACAGCAAGUAUUCCAGAAUAUUCUGAAAAGAGAUAUACCUUGGCCUGAAGGUGAAGAAAAGUUAUCUGAUAAUGCUCAAAGUGCAGUAGAAAUACUUUUAACCAUUGAUGAUACAAAGAGAGCUGGAAUGAAAGAACUGAAACAUCAUCCUCUCUUCCAUGAUGUGGACUGGGAAAAUCUACAGCAUCAGACUAUGCCUUUCAUACCCCAGCCAGAUAACGAAACAGACACAUCAUAUUUUGAAGCCAGAAACAAUGCCCAGCACCUGACCAUAUCUGGAUUUAGUCUGUAGCAUGUAAAUGCCCCUUCUGUGUAAUCCUGUGUCAUAGAGUGAGCUUCGUUAAUGAUUCUCAAUACCAGUUGAUGUAAGGGGGAUAAAAAUCAUUCUCUCAGCUGGCUCAAUGAGUUUUUAGUUUAACAGCUUUCACAGACUUAAAGGUUAUAAGGAAUAUAACCAGUAAUUUAUCUUAAUCUCUGAACUGUAUAUGACUCUUUAAAGCUCUUUUGAACGUAUUUAUUUUGUUAAUUGCACUUUAUGAAAAGUAAAGCAUCAAUAAAAUUAGAAUGACACUACUGCUACAUAGAGUGAGCCAUA